AUGGCCUCGUCAGAGAAAACCCCAGCGCCAGAUAAUGGCCGCACCAAGAACAAGUCGUCGAGUCGCGUCUCCUCCUCCACCGCCUCCCAAAAGCCCGGGAGUGUCUUUUCUGCCAGCCCCAGUCAGAAAUCUUUGGACCAUGCUUCCCUCUCCCCUCCCGCCGCACCUCCUGCGCCGACAUACCCGCUGGCCAACCAACAACAGACUGGUGAUACCCUCAGUCCUGAGAGAAGAGAGGAGAUUCGGUUCUUGACCUCCUUCGCCGGAGGAGCCACCGGUUCGGCUGGUUCCUCCCGCCGCCCUGAAGCCGUGGAGUUGUCGUUAUCUUCCUCCUGGGACGACUCGACUCCCACUGCUGGUGGUGACGAUCACGGCGAGGAGUUUGUGGAGCUUGAGGCCGACACGAUCAGGCAGAAAGUGGCGUUGAGCAAGAUGAGGCGAGAUCGGGAGAAUCCCAGAGCUCCCAAGCCGGCGAGGAAGAGAGUGAGGGAUGACGAGAGCACCCGGGCUCAGGCCGGGUCGUCGAAGAGGACCUCGGAGAUGGGGUCUACUGGGAAGAAGAGGGAGAUGGAGAUAGAUGCGCCUGAGGAGGUGUAAGAGGGUUGCCGAUUGUGUAAUAUUUGUACCACUGGAUGAGUGAGACACCCUUUGGAGUGUACCCCUGAGAGGGUAGAGGGGUAGGCGCCCCGAAAAUGACUUUUCUCAAGACUUUUUCCAUGACUUUGCCCAUGAGACCCUCCACCUUUUCCCCAUUGACAUACAAUUCCUGUAGUAACCAGUAUCAUUGGUCUGCAUUUAUCCUAUACAUACUACCUCA